AUGAUGGAAGAAGGCGACGAUGUGCUCGAACACAUCAACAAGCUCAAGACGCUGGCGGAACAGCUAGAAGCGGUGGGGGCUCCAGUCUGCGAGGACGAUCUGGUGAUCACACUUCUCGGCAGCCUGAGUGACUCGUAUCAAUUCUUGAUCACAGCUUUGGAGUCGCGCUCAGACACUCUUAGCUGGGAGCUCGUGACGUCUCGACUGCUUCAUGAAGAAAUGAAGCGGAAGGAGCAAGGAAGUAAAGGUGAUGAAGCUUCGCAAGGUCAAGCGUUCAUCACAAGGGACAAUCAGCGCAAAGGGCGACCAGUGAAGAAGUCCUGGCCGUGCCACAAUUGCGGAAAGAUUGGUCACUGGAUGGCGGAGUGCCCCUCGCGCAUCCAAGAAAACACGGAGAGACACCGGCCACAGCGUGCUCAAGACAGCGGCGACCGCUAUCGAUCACAACGUGCAAACGUCGCUCAAGAAGAAGACUCGGGCGACUACCUCUUUCGAUCGGUGAAACGACAUCUGCGAAAUCGAGCGACAUCUGGCUGGUCGACUCCGGGGCGACGCAGCACAUGA